ACUUUUUGCUGCGCAUCACAGAACUAUUAAAACACGAAAUAGUGCUGCUUGACACACUGAUAAGUGAAAUUUUCCAAUAUGGUAGCGGAGGUUGUUGUUGUGCUGUUGGCUGUUGUCAUGUCCCCGCAGUGCCGGUAGUGGUGCUGUAAGGGAAAGUCUGCUGAUGACCGAACUAAAAACCCCAACAGCUCUUUAGUGUAUUUUUAUAUUUGCUUGCAGAUAAACCUCAUUUAUGUACAUCAGGGAACAAAACUUAAUUAUCCAUCGAUAGAAAAACGAUUAUUUGCGUAGAGGGUAGUGAAAUACUGUGCAGCAAGUCGCGCGCCGUUUAUAAUAAGCAUUUCCAGACUGCCGGGAGUAAAUACCGUGUACGGCACAUACCAAGUGAAGCUGAUGUUCUCAAGGACCAGAGUCACGUGAUGUUUGAAGGCAAACACAUACACUUCUCGGAGGUGGACAAUAAGCCACUGUGCUCAUACAGCCCCAAACUGUGCAAGCAGCGCAGGCUCAACGGCUACGCCUUCUGUAUUCGCCAUGUCCUGGAGGACAAGACCGCCCCCUUCAAGCAGUGCGAGUAUGUGGCCAAGUACAACAGCCAGAGGUGCACCAACCCCAUCCCCAAAUCUGAGGACCGCAGGUACUGCAACAGCCACCUGCAGGUCCUGGGCUUCAUCCCCAAAAAGGAGCGUAAGAAAAAGCAGGAGGUCGUGGAUGAGGUGCGCCUGAAGCCUCGCCUGGAGUCAGUGGCCCUUAAUAUCGUGGUUCCUUCUCUGGCCCUGAAGGCCCCCAAUGGGCUGGACACACUGGCCCACUGCCUGCCCAGCGGGCAUCCGCUGGAGGCCAGCUUGCUGGACCCCUUUGCUUUCUGUGAGGACGAGACAGAUGGCGAAGAGGGGAGUCCGCAGAAAAGCUCAGUUUUAGGGAAGGAGCUACAGAGGCGACCAGCGCUCAACCAGCCGCAGAAGCUGAGUGACUUCAACCGCCUCUUAUCGCCAACCGAGCACUUUAACCCCUCCCCUCCCCCCUCUCAGGGUCCGCCCUCACCCCAAAACUCUCAGCUUCCUCCCCAGCAGCAGGGGCUCCAUCCACAGCCUCAAAGCUUCAGCCACCUGUCUCCUUCCAACCUCCCUGGACUGCAACAGGGACAGUUAUGCAAACCAGCGCUGCCUGAUAGCCCGCCCCAGCCAAACCUGGGGAGCUACCACAGCCCAGAAGAGGCUACUGGCCAUGUCGUCACCCAGAAGGCCACGCUCGUGUCUGGGAGCGGCGCCCCCGCUCCUCACAUUGUGGUGCUGCGCCCCUCCACCUUCCUUCCAUCGGCCGCCUGCCUUGUGCGUCUGAGACGCCUGACCCACCUGUGCUGUCAGCGGCGACAGCUGUAUGGGGACCUCUUCCCACAUCUAGGGUUGGACUGGUCUGAGGACAGUGAGAAUGAGGAGGAUGAGAGCAAGCGGCCGCUGCCUUCCGGCUGCACCCUGAGGCUGCGUGAGAGAUGCUUGCAGGACAGGUCUGAUGCGCAGGCACCCCCCGACUCCCGGAGCUCCCGCCUGGCCCGGCUCUGCGCUCACCUGCGGCUCAAAUACAGGCAGGACCAGGCAGCCACACGCCACCGCAGUGACCAGCGCGCCCUCCGGGUUGCGCUACUGCGCGCCGCCUGCCGGGACCCCCACUGCGCCGGGCAGCUGCUGCAGGAGCUGCGGGGGCCUUCCAGUACACAGUCGCCGCAGAGGGAGGACGCGGUCCCAGGAUCCUGUGCGGGCGGCUCCGGGGGACAGGCCUGCCACAGUCGCGCUCUGCCCUUCACUCGCCACUGCUUCCAGCACAUCCUGCAGAAUCGUUCCCAGCAGCUGUUCUCCAGCUGUACAGCCCGAUUCGCGGAUGGCCAGCAAUGCUCCGUUCCUGUCUUCGACAUCACGCACCAGACACCCCUGUGCCAGGAACACGCCAAGAAGAUGGAUGAUUUCCUGCGUGGCGACAGUAACCGCAGGAUGAUGCAGCAGCAACAGCAACAGCAGCAGCAGCAGCAGCAGCAGCAACAGCACAAGCCUCGCAAGAUCAAGCAGCCCGCGCUCGGCAAGAAACAGAAGAAGAAGCACAGGCAGGCCCCUCGGCAGCCCCAGAAGCCCAUCCCACCCGCGCUGCCCCAGGGCCACCUGGCGAUGCCCACCUGCCUGUCGCUGCCCACUCCAGCCGCUAGUCUGCGGAGUCCUGAGCUGAGCACUGGCCAGCUUCACGAUGACAUCACCAGUGACAUCACAGACAUUCCCCACGAUCUAGAGCUCAACCAGGAGGACUUCUCAGACGUGUUACCCAGACUUCCUGAUGACCUGCAGGACUUCGAUCUCUUCGAAGGAAAGAACGGGGACCUUCUGCCCACUACAGAGGAGGCGGAGGAGCUGGUGCGUGCUCUCCAAGCCAUGGGCUCCUACCCUGACUCCCUGGCGUGUUUGGGCUCAAUAGGGGAGCUGGCUCAGCCAGACACAGUGGACUCGCGGCCCAUGUCUGUGUUUUCUGGCUCGGGAGGGCAGGCUGGGGCCAUGGGGGACCUGCUGAACGGCCACAUCGCCACUGAGAGCUUCCCUGGCCUGGACCUGGAGGACAGCCUGCUGCAGUCCCCGGCAGUGCCCCCCCAUGGCCCGGCGCAGAGCCCCCUGGCCGAGCAGCCAUUUCAGCCCCACCUGCUGGCCGACUCAGAGCCGGCACACUCCUCGCCACACGGCAGACACUACAGCACUGAGCCCGUGCCGUCCCCCUACAGCGAGCACAUGGCGUCCCCCCGCCCCGUCCCGUGCCCGGCAAGGUCCUCCUGGAGCAGCCUUCCCCUGUCCCUCACGGACCCCCAGUUCAGUAACCUUGUCGUUCCUGAUGGCCACCUGAUAUCCACUUCUCUGUCUACGCCCCCUUCCACCGUGCACCUGGUUAGCCUCCCUGUGCUGCCCCCUGGUGGUCUGACCAGCCUCCCCAUGCCACCAGCCUGCAACUCCUCGUCAUCUUCCUCCUUUUCCGUCUUGGGACAUGGUCUCCCAACCUCCAGCCAGCCCAAGCUGCAGCUGCCUCAGUUCAGUGCUGCCUUUGGACACCAGCUGGCCUCGCACUGCGGAAUCCCCAAGGACAUACAGCCCAGCCACAGCUCCACUGCUCCCCCUACUGGCUUCUCCACUGCCAGUGCAGCAGCAGGCGGCUCUGUCCAUCCAUUCUCCCCUCAGUGAACUGGCGGCACGCAUUUCUGAGUCAUUCGUGUGGGGUGUCAGGCAUGUGGAUGUACGUCGUCACUCUUCUGUGAGUGUCGGGUGAGCAGGCUCCUCCACGCCCAAUCAGAAAAUGCCCUAAUGUGAAUCUGAUUGGCUGCUAGCAGCAGGAUUUUGCCAGUGAUGAGUGACUGUCAGGGUUUGCAGAUUACAGGAAGUGUAGUGUGCACUGGUGUGUGAAAGGGGGUGUGCUGCAUACUGAGCAGGGCCCCGCUCCAUCUGCAUUUCCUCUUCAGGCCUGGCCUGCGGUCUCCGCCUCUCCAUUCACCAUCUGUAUGUAUGUGUAUGAUAAGCUGCUUCCUGUCAUCACUGAACUGGACGUUUUUAAGCCUGAAUCUGUGUGUAUGCGACUCCUUCAGGGUCCCCGGCCUGAAACUUUCCCCAGUUGAGUGUCUGCAUUACACAGGGACACCUUGCCAAAUUGCUUUUUAAUUUUUUUUAAAUCAGGUGACUCGAAUUUGAGAUUCAAUGAUCUCUGUGUUGCUGUGAAUCCACUGCAGCUGCAUAUUAAACUCAGAAUGCUGGUUAUUUUAAGCAAUAACCUAUAACAGGAUCAUUAUAACCCCCAGCCCCAACUGCAUGUUAACAUGCAGCUGUACUUAUGUACCAUGUCACCAUUUGAAGCAGUUUCAGUGACGAGGGUGAUUUUUUUUAAAGAUUAUUUAUUUAUUUUUUUAAUGCAAGGGCCCAUCAGGGUCCUGGUUGAGACUCAGGUUCUCCAGGGUCAUAGUGCCUGCUCUUUCCUACCCCUAAUAAGUUUAGCAGGGUGGCCCCCGCCUGCAGACAGGGGUCCCAGGGUCAGUCGCCACAAUCAUCGGUGCUCUAUACUUGCUAACGUUGCCUUUAAAUCGGACCUUUUGAUAAUGACAAGGUCAUUUCUCAGCAGGAACACCUAAGCAAUUUCAUGUCCCCCCCCCCCCACUUUUUUGUACUUGAUUUGUCUUUACAAAAGCCCGAUUCCAUGAGACUUGACUCCCAGAGGUAAUGAAACGGACGCAACCAAAAUGCUGGGGCGGAUGGGGUGCGCCGUCUCACUGUAGCCAAGUCCUGCAGUUACAGGGUAGCUGGCCGGUUUCUCCAUUGCAGUAGACAAGAUGGUAUUUGUUUUUGGGUUUCUCUGUAGCUGACCUGAACUGGAAAGGAGCUGAAGACCAGUGCUACGAAAUCGCUUUUAGGAAGAGUUUUACAGAAACACUAAAACCUGUUUUCUUUUAACAGCCUAAUCGUGUCUCGUUAAAAGUAUUUAAUAUUUAUACUGUCUUCUGUAUAUUGGGUUUUUUGGUGAACUCAAGUGACGAUGGAGAGAACUUUCUCCCGAUAGUGGCACAGUUUUAACGGGUUUCCAUCCCAGUGACCGUGUCAUGGCCCGCCAGGCGUCCGCACAUCACAGAUUGUCUUCUUUACAUAUCCUUGGACAAACAUGGCAUCUAAGAAUCACUUGUUUGCCAUUUGGUCCCUUGCGGACAGCUGUGGUUGGCACUGUCCCAAAGGUGAAGUGGACCUUCAGUGAACACACUGCCCCCCCCCCCCGCGCUGCCACCUAAGCUCAGCCCCCGGUGGUUUGUAGGGGGAAAGCUGGCCUUGGUGAUUGGGGCAGCCCCCGCUCAGACCCUGCACUCAAAUCUGCCUUCACCUCAGGCCUGUUUGACCUUUAAGAUGCAGCCAGACAAAAAAGCAAUUAUUCUGUCCGAGUAGCUCGAAUAGUAAGGGGAGGGAUAGGGGUAUGUUCCAUUGACUGCGAACUAUGAAGCACUGUCCUAUUCAGAGAACUGUGGAAGCACAGGUUAAAAGCACCCCCACCCUCGGAUCAAGCAUAAAAAGGGGGCUUUUAAGCAGGCGCUGAAAUUCCUGUACUCACUGAAUGUACUGUAUUACUGUUUUUAAGAUGGGGUGAGGAAGAUGGUCACCUUUUGUCUUCGUCUCUUGGUUUAAAGUAUUUUUUGUAUCAAAGGUUUACAUUUUUAUGUAUAUUUGUGUACAAAUUAUGUAAUAUGUGUACAAACUGUAUGUAAUGUAUAUAUAGUGUGGCCAAUUGAUCUUUGUUUUUGGAUGUAUGAAUAAAAGUUGCAGUGAGGAUUUUGA